AUGGAACCUUUUCAAGUGACCACGCCUAUUUUAAAACUCCUCCUUCGUCUUCAGAAGUAUAUUAAAGAGUCUUCUAUAAAAUCUCCCCGUAUUACUGAUAGUACUAUUGAAUUUCUUGAUAGGCAAGGAGACCAGGUUCCUAUUAAUUUAGCACCAGAAAUUAAUGAUGAUUUGUUAGAAACUCGUAUGCCUCUUUUUAUUGAAGAUCUUCACCGAAUCGGUGACCCUGCGAAAGAACUCUGUAAGGUUGAAGAAAGAUUAGCAAUGCAUAAUUGGGACGAAGAAGUUAAAAGAGAAAUGAAGGAUCGAUUUACCUAUCGAAGUUAUAAGAAUGCAUUGAGGAUUACCCAUCGUGUUUAUAAUCUUUAUUACAUAUGCGGUACCCAUAAUCUACUGACUACUUGCCAUUUAUCUGCUAAUAUUUUAUUAGAAAUGAAUAUUGGAAAUUUUAACAUAUUACUGGAAGAAGCACGAUUAGGGAGUCAAAAGGAGAUUGAGCAAUUACUAGCCCUUGAUUAA